AUGACAAUCUCGUCUAUCUACAAAAACGCCAGAGAUGGCAGACUGAAUGAAGAAAGUCUAAACCAAUACAUCAAACUCGGAGAAGACAUCAAUGCAGCAAGCGGUAACAAACAGUACACACCUCUGAUGGCGGCUGUCCUGAAUGGCCACAAAAAUACCGUGAAGCUUCUCCUCUCAAACAAGGCGGAUGUGGAUCGACAAGCUCCCAGCGGAGAAACUGCCUUAUGGGUAGCAACAUCCAACACGAGAAGAAACCGCCUCGCCAUCGUUUCACUCCUUUUGGUGGUAACUCCUAGGCCCAAUCUCAACGUACAGCCUAAGAUCGGCUCCCGUAACACGCCUUUGAUGCAAGCGAUUGUCAGGUUUGGAGAUACCAAGGUCGCCAGCUUGCUUGUGAAUGCGGGCGCGUCUCUGGGGGCACUGAAUCUGGAUGGCAAGACGGCUAAUGAGCUUGUUAUUGAAGUACAGAGUCAUAAGUUGGCGCUGGCUCUGCCCCUGCUGGACGAGAAAAUGGAGAACCAAGUUCCUACAACCACGAAGAAUGUCAAAUUCAUUGCCUACGUGAUAUUCUGGCUGAGCAUGAUAUUCACUUUCAUCUUUUGUGCCCUACGUGCCUUGAAGGGUUACUUUGGGGCCAGCAGCUCCCAAAGUGUCCCUGUUUCGAAGUUAGAAAAACCGAUGUCUCUAUUUCCAAAACCGGAUGAUUUCAAAGCGAUAGCAGCCGGCCACGUCAGUGGGAUCAAUGUUGAGCGUUUCUCCUCUCAGAACAACGAGUCUUUACAGAAACUAAUCGAGGAUUUGGUGGUGUUGGAGAACCGAAAAAGCCCACUCAACACACAAGAGAACCUGAAGGCCCUCAUCCUACUUAAACUUUAUCAGCCAAUUUUCUACUGUGAUGACAGCAGCUUUAUGACAAGCCCGACUAUCCAGAACAUGAAAAUCACACGUAAAGCGGCACAGAAAGAUAUCGUCUAG